UUCUACUAAAAAAAUAAAUAAAACACUUUCUAAACAAUGUGCAAUUGUUUUUUUUUUAACGAUAUUUAAUUUUUUUACACUAUAAAUUGCUGCUUUAUGUGAAAGAGAAAAUUAUACAUGGAUUACGUCGCCUCCAGCUCAGCAAACGGUGCUUGUUUGUUUAUUUUCGGGCAGGCACAAGGAAAACAACAGCCAAAGUACAUUUGGAUAAAGUCAGAACUUUUUCCUUGAAAAAAUAUUCUGCUCCCUUGAAUUUAGUGAUAAAAUGAUACAACUUUUGGUUUUGUCAUGUUUGUAGAUGAUUUGAUAAUUUGCUUUGCCAAAUUCGCCUUAAGCAAAAAGUUAAUUAUUGUCUAGUUUAAGGGCCAAAAAUGUGAAUAUAUUAUAAUUUCAUGAAAUAAUACUUCGAUGUCCUAUUUUUAGCCUAGUUUCUUGAUAAUAGGCGAACAUUUGUUAUUUACGAUACUUAAAUUGCUGCGGGCAAAAACGCGCACAUUCUGUUCGAAGUUUCGAACAGAAUUAAUCGAUAACGGAUGCCAUAAUCCAAAAAAGUGAAACUCGCUGAUUCUGGGGUUAGUGGGGUCCAUGCAACGAAUCCCAUCACGCUCGUCAGCAAGUACAACUGUCUGCAUCGGGAAAUUGGCCCGCACUGUGGGUUUUCGACCGACUGGUAUAAAGCGAGCGGCUGCUGCGUUAAUGAUGUCUCGGCAACUAACACAUUUGAGUGGGGUGCCAGUUCACUGAAACGGCGAUUGCUGCACUCUCUGAAGCCGGAUUAAUUGGCUUCCUUUUCUUCUUCAUUUACAGAAUACCUAAAAAGGAAGGAGAAAGCCUUAAACGAGGGAAACCGAGAGCUUUUGGCUCAGACGUGUAAUCACUUAGGCGACUUCUAUAAUCAACAAGGACGAUAUCAACAUGCUCUUAAAGAAUAUGAGGAGGAGGCAAGCUUGUUUUCCAAGAUGGGCAAACCGCUGGAGAUGGCGAAAGCACUACGCAUGGUUGGCGAAAUGUAUAUGCUACUUAGCGAUUUCGAAAAUGCCUGUGGUCAAAUAAACAAAUAUCUUAAAACUGUUAAAAAGUUGCAGAAUAAGGUAGAGGAACAAAGAGCGUAUGCUACACUGGGAAGAGUCCAUCUUCUUCAAGGUCAGGCAUUGAGCGAGACGUCAGCGUCGGACGCUAUGAACCAGUUACGACAUGCAGAAAAGGCGUUUCUUAGAAGCCUUCUUAUGACAAAGGAAUUGACAGGUCAAAUUUCGAAAUUAGAACAGCUGGAUAUGCAGGCGCGAUGUUACCUUAACAUUGGAGUUGUGAAAGAGCACAUGGAAGAUUUUGAGGAUUCCAUAGCUAACAUAGAAAAGGCUAUAAAAAUAAGUAAAGCGAACGACAUUUUCGAAUUAACCCAUACUUGUUAUGUAUCCAUGAGUUUGUUGUUUCACUGUAAAAAAAAUGAUCCCACAUCGGCAUUAAGAUACUGCAAUUUAGCAUUGGAUGUCGCCAAACGCCUUCCGCAAAAGGUAAAAAAAAUCUGUGAAACUUUAGUAAUAAAAUCGGAGAUUUUAAUAAAAGCUGGGGACUUUGCAAGUACCAAACAAAUUUUGACCAAAGCCUAUAAAAAGAAUACACCAGAUGAAAAUGAUCGCAGUACCAUCGAGAAGACACUUCGAAUUGUUGUUAAAAUUUGCGAGUGGCUAGAUGAAUUGGUUACAACUAGUUCUGUUGACUACGCUAAACGUCAGCAACUCUACGAAAAAUUGGGCGAUUCUUGCUGUCAUUUACUUAACUACACAAAAGCUUUAGAGUAUUAUGGUAAAAUGCUUGAAUGCGCCGAGUUGAACAAGGAGAGUGGUAAAUCAUUGAUACCAAUCUAUGUCAGUUUAUACCAAACAUAUAAAGAUAACAAGCAGUACGACGAGGCUUUAAAAUAUUUGUGGAUGGAGUUUGAGCUGAAUAAAAAUGUUCCAAAAGAAGCAUUUUCUACCUUAUGUACAAUAGCUGAGAUUUGUGAAUUGCAAAAGCAAUCUUUCUGGACCAUUCAAGAUAUCUACCAGAAAGCAAAGGAGCAAGCUGCGAAAGCUGAAGGCGAUACCAAAACCAAGUUGGAAAAAAUUGUAUAUGCUAGACUAAAAAAACUGCAUAUUAAGCACAAUAUGAACAUUUUAGCAGAGGAGUUGGCACAGGAGGCUAUUAGUAAAGGUAUAGAUGUUACCUCUUUAGAAGACGAUAGUGAUGCAGAAUCAGAAACUGUAAAUACUGAAAAUAAUACACCUGAAUUUGGGGAGGAUGUAUGUCUUGAUGAUCUAACAGAUUCCGAUACAAGUGAUUUGGAUGAAACAGAUAAGCCGCGGCCUCAUCGUGCUACGCGAGGUACGCGGUCGUUAACUAUUAAACGUAAUAAUAAAGGCGAAACCCAGUUACACCAGGCAUGUAUAGCCGGUAAUAUCGAAUUGGUGAGGCGACUAAUAGACCAAGGACAUGUCGUUAAUGUACGUGACCAUGCAGGUUGGCUGCCGCUUCAUGAAGCAUGUAAUCAUGGAUAUCUUGACAUUGUUGAACUAUUACUCGAUCGUGGUGGGGCUGUGGCAAUAAAUGACAAAGGUGGAACUAGUUGCGAUGGAAUCACCCCACUCUAUGAUGCCUGCUCAAAUGGUUUUUUUGAUGUUAUCGAAUUGUUGUUGGAGCGUGGAGCGGAUCCCACCGUUAAAACUGACUUCGGCGAUACUUGUUUGAGCAGUUUAGAUAAAUGGCGUCAUUCAACCACAUUAACCGAAGGCGAACAAGCACAGUACGAGCAAGUGAGACGAAAGUUCAUAAAGACACUGACAAAAGCGGGGAUAUGCUCUUCGCAAUUAAGUAAACCAUUAACCAACGCAAACGUAGAAAAUAGGCAAACAAAUCAUUACAAGAAAGUCGAUCAGAGCGUACAUCUGGACGAAGACAGCAAUGAAACGGCCGAAGAAGAAGUGACACUAUCAUCGUCCUCACGCCAUAAUAAUUCUUUUGACAGAAACAAGAAAACAAAAUCCCCAGUUCGUGCCAGUUCCAUUUACAAAAAUGCCAUCGAACAAUUGAAAAGGCCAUUGCAUAGACUAAACUCCACGGACUCUGAAGGUGAAACAUAUUCAGUAGGAAAUAAACAGGCACGAGCUGCUUAUCUUGACGCUGAAGAUAUUGAUGAUAAUUCUUGGCUUGUCGAUGAUGUUGGGCCGGAAAAGAAAAAACGACGUCUUCUCGCCACCCCUACAAAACAAUCUCGACGUAUGUCUUCUAAUCAAAAAUCACCAACAAAGGACUCUGUUAUUCAUUUCAGGUCGACCGAUUUAGACAAUACAUCGUGGCAAAGGGAAUCAUUUUCGCCAGUGAACGACGCUUAUCAAGUACUAAUAGAUGCGGCCGCAGGAAGUACAUCACAACAGCGACAAAAACAGGCAAAGAAAUUAACGCUAUCCCGGACAUCGAGCGUUAGUAGUAACGCUAGCAUAUCUAGUAAUUUUCAACGCCACAAAACAAAGCAGCAGACUUCAUUAUUAGACAGUGGAUUUUGUAGAUUUCGUAGUGAAAGCCCGCAACCUUCCGAUGAGAAUUCUGGCGAUGCAAUAGCGACAAUGAAUAUGAUAACUGAACCGGAUUCAACAACUACCUCGAUUCAAUUAUUAAUUUCGCCUUCUAAAUCAUCUCCAGUGAAACUGCAAGCAAAUUCAUUAUGCUUAUCAAGAUCUAUAUCUUUCAAAGUAAAAGUGGAAGAUGAAAUGUUACUCGUACCGAUCGACCGAAAAAAGCUUAAUGAUAUAAACAUGCGUUGGUUGGCAGAGGAAGCGGCUAGACGAUAUUACAAUUUAGUUGGACUGAAACCACUAUUGAGGCUUAAAACAGCUGAUGGAUUUGCUUAUGAAGAAAAUGAUCCCAUAAACGUGGCCGUCGAACAGAGUAUGAUAUUAGCGACCGUCUUGGAGUGGCAAAUUUCUCCCCUUGGACAGCGUUAUGAAGAAAUGUGUAUCCAGUUACAUAAAGUUACAAAUAAGGUGAUCACGGAUGCUUUGCAGCGAGCACAAAUUUCCAAUACCAUUCAACUCCACGAUUGUUGGUUAACGUCGCCACAGACGGAGCCCUUGUUUAAAGCUGUUCUUCAUCAGGCUAAUCUAAGAGUAUUAGAUCUUAGCAAUAAUUUUAUAAAAAACGAAGGAUGUCGUCAAUUAGCCAAGGCACUGCCCACACUAACAAAUUUGAAAUCACUAAAUCUUAGUGGCAACUUUAUUACAUGUGAUGGCCUGGAAUUGUUAUUUAUAACUACGGCAAAGUUGCCUUGCAUUGACGAAAUUCUGCUCAGUCGCAACCCUUUUGGAAAUGAUUCUAUACGCAUUUUGGAUCGCUUCUGCAAAGAGCCAACAGGAAAAUCAAUUCAAAAAUUGCAUUUGUCACAUUGCAGUAUCACACAAUUAUAUGAUUAUGAUUUAAACUAUUUCAAUUUAGUAGACUUCGACAUAAGCUUCAAUCAGUUGUCGGACGAUGCUUUGCGCGCAUUGCUUUCCAAGUUGAACUCUUGUCGACUUCAAAGUUUGAAUCUCAGCUAUGUUAAUGUAUCGCAAGGUAAUGCUCGCCCGAAGAUGUCAUCGACGUCAGCAGUUGAACGUUUAGUAGAGUUCUUUGAAGGUGGAACAUGUGAGAAAUUUCGAAAUAUUGAUUUGGCAGCUUACCAACUCACCGAUGUGGAUAUUUACAAAAUAGCUCUUUGCUUAAGCAAAUCCAAUGAUUUGGAAGUUUUAAACAUUGCAGACAACAACCGCCUAACCAGUUCAUCACUGCAUUUUAUUUUUGAAAAAAUGCCUCAACUACGAAAACUUGUGGCAACAAAUUGCACACGAUUUUUUGAUUGUGGCAACCUAGAGCGUUUGUCUCACCUUGAACACGUUCCAAGUUAUGUGUCGCUAUCUCUGGACAUCAAUAUGAUAUCGGAGUUGAAACAGCAGCUGCUUACUUUAUGGCGAUCGCAUUGGGGCGAUAAAGGUAAAUUAAAAUCGUAUAAAAAUAAUAUAAUUUUAUAUAUAAAUAAUAACGAUUUGUGUUCUCUACAUUUAUAAUUUUUUUAAUGUAUAUGUGUGUGUGUACGUGAUCGUUGCACGAAUUUAAAAUAAAAGUAUACAUACAUUAGAAAAU